ACCAAAGAAGAAGAAAGUAUUUCCGGUGUCAUGUCGGCCUUCUGUUGAAACCGCAUGGGUAACCGCUUGCGUUCUGGAAACUAUUGAAGCUAUCAGCUGUCAGGAUUUGGUGGUUUUACCCGUCAGAUGGCAGAAGCGGUGCAGGAGAAAAGCCGUGGCUUGAAGUUUGCAGAGCAGCAGCUCCUGCGUCACGGCUGGGAACACGGUAAAGGCCUGGGCCGAGCUGAAAAUGGCAUUUCGGAGGCCAUUAAAGUCAAAGUGAAAUGUGAUAAAGGAGGAGUUGGCCACAAAGAAGGGGAGCAGUUCACCUUCCACUGGUGGGAUCAUGUUUUCAACAAGGCCUCAUCCAGUCUGCAGGUGGAGUCUGAUCAGAGAGGAAUCAAGUUAAAGAAGUCUGCAGAAGAAGAUGAAGAGGACGGGAGGAUCUCCAAUAAAAAGCCCCGGAAAGCUUCGCAGGCUAAAGCCAAACUUUACGGAUGCUUCGUGAAGUCCGCCACGCUGCUGUCCGGUCAGGAGCAGCCGGAGCCCAAGUCUACUGACUCGGAUGACAGCAGCAGCUCGGAUGAAGAUGAAGAGGAGCAGAAACUGGAUCUCUCCAGCACCACCAAACUUUCUGAUGCUGAUCUGAUGAAGGUUUGUGGAGGACGCACAGCACAUAAAGGAGCCCGGCACGGCCUGACCAUGAGCGCCAAGCUAGCCAGGCUGGAGCAGCAGGAGGCCGAGUUCAUGGCUAAGUAUGGCAAGAAGAGCCAACCGGAAAGUUCUUCCCAGUCAGAGCAGCAGGAGGAAACCACGGACAGCUGUCGAAGGAGAAAAGUGAAAAAGGAAAAACCCACUGAAACGUCUGAGCCGAUGAGAGAGGACGUUCAGCCGAAGAAGAAGAGGAAGAAAAAUAAGAAAGGUGAUUCUGUUGAGGAGGGAAGUGAACCGGCUUGCGGUGCUGAAAACGGCGAGGAAGACCACAGACCAAAGAGGAAGCAUGAAAAGAUGGCGGAGCAGAAUGGAGACGGAACGCCACCUUCGCCCGCUGCAGAGAAACCUCAUGAGCCGCGCUCCGACUCUAAAACAAAGAAACAGAAGAAGAAAUCCUCCAAACAGGAGGCCGGCCAAUCAGAUCAAACGUCGCAGCAAGACGCAGACGUUUCAACGUCGACGGAGAAGAAGAAACGGAAGAAAAGUAACAAGGAGCGCAGUGUUGACGGGGAGCCUCUUCCUCCAAAGAAGAAGAAAAAGAAGUCAAAAGAUUGAUGACGGAUGGACGGACAGAUGGACGGAUGAGAAGUAGAACUUCAGAUCAGAUCUUUUUAAUAUGCCAAAUACUUGGAUUCAGCCUUUAGAUGAACUUAAUUGUUGGAAAUCCUGUUUUCUGUAGUUCAGACAGUAAAACGAAGACUUCAGUUGUUCCUUCUGCUGAUGAACAACUUGGCAGGUCUGAAGCAGUUUGAUGCAGAAUUAAAGCACAUCGCGACCUGAAGGCAGCGUCACCCGAAUGCAGCGUCACCCGAACGCAUCGUCACCUAAACGCAUCGUCACCUAAACGCAUCGUCUCUCAGUUGAGACUGAAAGCUCAGUCGACUAUUUCAGGCUUAGUUAGCACCAAAAUGUUGCUGAAUUUCAUCUUGUCUACCGUAAACGAUGACUUUUUAAAAGCUGAACUGACUUUUUAAAUAAAGAUGUAAAAUAAGGCUGCAUGAGGAAACUUGUGAAGUUUUUUUUAUUUUAACAGAUUUUAAUCAGGAAGCUGCUUUUAAAUAAAACUUAUUUUCUGGGGGACACCAGAAGCCUGUACUGCAGAGGUGGUUUUUCUCUUUUGGAGGUAACUUCGGGGUUUUUCGUCCCAUGAAGUUGGUUCAUUUCUUACCAGGGUCAGUUACCAUGGUAACUUAGCUGAAUGGCUAACCUGCUUCGGAGCAGGUUAUGUUCUGGGUAAGGGGUCGAUGAGCUUAAAAGCACCCCCGCCUGACCAAUCAGAUCUCUUGGAAAAGGACAUACCCAUUGUUAGAACAGCUGUCCAGUUAGUGGUGGACCGCAUCACUGACUGCUGGGAAGUAUGUUUUUGUACUUGAUGCCUAUAAAGGUAAAACUACUGGACAGCUGAUCUUCCAGUUAUUCACACCCAGUCAGAAAGCAAACUCUCCACAUUGUACAUUUUAGUUGGAAGAUGGAAAUAUCAAGGGAUCUGAUUUGACUUGAAAUAAAAUGAUCAUGAC